GACCUCCAUUCGUGUUGGGAAGAAAGAGAAGAUGCCUUUAUCCUGGAUCCCAAAGAAGAGGCGACAUCAACAGCAGGUGACGGGCAGAAGAAUGAGAAUUAUAGAGAACCGCAGAUGGUGCCACUGGUAAUAGCCAAGACUGAGAGUCAGAAAGAGAUGUUUGGAAAUCAUGGGGGACCAAAAACAUCUGAAAUAAAGCAGGCAAAGAAUGAGAGCAAGAACUCCUCUACUUCUCAUAAUUUUCAUGCCAGAACACACAUUGGAGAAAAACCAUUCAAAUGCAUGGAAUGUGGAAAAAGCUUCAGUGUAAGCAGUAACCUUAAAUUACAUCACAGAACCUACACGGGGGACAAGCCAUUUAAAUGCAGGGAGUGUGGAAAGAGCUUUAGUCAGAGCAGUAACCUUACAUUACAUGAAAGAACCCACACAGGGGAGAAACCAUUUAAAUGCAGGGAGUGUGGAAAGAGCUCCAGUGUAAAAAGUAGUCUUACUUUACAUCACAGAACGCACAUAGGGGAGCAAAAAUUUAAAUGCAGGCAAUGUGGAAAGAGCUUCUGUGGAAGUGGUAACCUUAAAUUACACCACAGAACCCACACAGGGGAGAAACCAUUUAAAUGCAAGGAGUGUGGAAAGAUCUUCCGUCAAAAUUAUCAACUUACAUUACAUGAAAGAACCCACACAGGGGAGAAAACAUUUAAAUGCAAGGAGUGUGGAAAGAGCUUCCGUCGGAAUGAUCACCUUACAUUACAUGAAAGAACCCACACAGGCGAGAAACCAUUUAAAUGCAAGGAGUGUGGAAAGAGCUUCAGUAUAAGCAGUAGCCUUACUGUACAUGAAAGAACCCACACAGGUGAGAAACCAUUUAAAUGCAGGGAGUGUGGAAAAAGCUUCAGUCAGAGCAGUCACCUAACUUUGCAUCAAAGAACCCAUACCGGGGAGAAACCAUUUAAGUGCAGGGAGUGUGGAAAGAGCUUCAAUGUAAGCAGUCGCCUUAAAUUACAUCACAGAACACACACAGGCGAGAAACCAUUUAAAUGCAAGGAGUGUGGAAAGAGCGUCAGUCAAAAUUGUCAACUUACAUUACCUGAAAGAACCCACACCGGGGAGAAACCAUUUAAAUGCAAAGAGUGUGGAAAGAGCUUUUGUCAGAAUGAUCACCUUACAUUACAAGAAGGAAAUCACACAGGCGUGAAACCAUUGAAAUGCAAGGAAUGUGGAAAGAGCUUCAGUCAAAAUCGUCAACUUACUUUACAUGAAAGAAGAACCCACAAAGGCGAGAAACCAUUUAAAUGCAGGGAGUGUGGAAAGAGCUUCAGUCGGAGCAGUCACCUAACUUUGCAUCAAAGAACCCAUACCGGGGAGAAACCAUUUAAAUGCAGGGAGUGUGGUAAGAGCUUCAGUGUAAGCAGUCACCUUAAAUUACAUCACAGAACACACACAGGGGAGAAACCAUUUAAAUGCAGGGAGUGUGGAAAGAGCUUCACUCGGAGCAGUCACCUUACUUUGCAUCAAAGAACCCAUACAGGGGAGAAACUAUUUAAGUGCAGGGAGUGUGGAAAGAGCUUCAAUGUAAGCAGUCGCCUUAAAUUACAUCACAGAACACACACAGGCGAGAAACCUUUUAAAUGCAUGGAGUGUGGACAGAGCUUUAGUCAGAGAAGUAAGCUUACUUCACAUCAAAGAACCCACACAGGGGAGAAACCAUUUAAAUGCAAGGAGUGUGGAAAGAGCUUCACCUUCCGUAAAUCCUCUACUUGUCAUAGUUUUCCUCAAAGAACACACACCGGAGAAAAACCAUUUAAAUGCAGGGAAUGUGGAAAGAGCUUCAGUGUAAAAAAUAGCCUUACUUCACAUCACAGAACCCACACAGGGGAGAAACCAUUUAAAUGCAGGGAAUGUGGAAAAAGCUUUACUCGGAACGAUCAUCUUAUUUCACAUGAAAGAACCCACACAGGAGAGAAACCAUUUAAAUGCAUUGUGUGUGGAAAGAGCUUUAGUCAGAGCAGUAAUCUUACUUCACAUCAAAGAACCCACACAGGGGAGAAGCCAUUUAAAUGCAAGGAGUGUGGAAAGAGCUUCCCUCAGAAUGGUCAACUUACAUUACAUGAAAGAACCCACACAGGAGAGAAACCAUUUAAAUGCAAGCAGUGUGGAAAGAGCUUUAGCCACAAGUGGUACCUUACAUUGCAUGACAGAACACACACAGGGGAGAAACCAUUUAAAUGCAGGGAGUGUGGAAAGAGCUUCAGUGUGAAAAACAGCCUUACUUUACAUCACAGAACGCACACAGGGGAGCAACCAUUUAAAUGCAGGCAAUGUGGAAAGAGCUUCAGUGUAAGCAAUAAACUUACUUUACAUCAGCGAACACACACAGGGGAGAAACCAUUUCAAUGCAUGGAGUGUGGAAAGAGCUUCAGUGUAAGCAAUAAACUUACUUUACAUCAGAGAACUCACACAGGGGAGAAGCCAUUUAAAUGCAAGCAGUGUGGAAAGAGCUUUAGACACAAGCGGUACCUUACAGUACAUGAAAGAACCCACACUGGAGAAAAACCAUUUAAAUGCAGGGAAUGUGGAAAGAGAUUCAAUCAGAGCAGUAAACUUACUUUACAUCACAGAACACACACAGGGGAGAAACCAUUUAAAUGCAGGGAGUGUGGAAAGUGUUUCAGUCAGAACAGUAGCCUUACUUUACAUGAAAGAACCCACACAGGGGAGCAACCAUUUAAAUGCAGGGAAUGUGGAAAGAGCUUCAGUCAGAGCAGUCACCUUACUUUACAUCACAGAACACACACAGGGGAGAAACCAUUUAAAUGCAGAGAGUGUGGAAAGAGCUUCAGUGACAGCAGUAACCUUAAAUUACAUCACAGAACUCACACAGGGGAGAAGCCGUUUAAAUGCAAGCAGUGUGGAAAGUGCUUCAGUCUGAACAGUAGCCUUACUUUACAUGAAAGAACCCACACAGGCGAGAAACCAUUUAAAUGCUGGGAGUGUGGAAAGAGCUUCAGUCAGAGCAGUAAACUUUCUUUACAUCGAAGAACCCACACAGGGGAGAAGCCAUUUAAAUGCAGGGAGUGUGGAAAGAGCUUUAGUCGGAGCAGUGACCUUACUUCGCAUCAAAGAACCCACACAGGGGAGAAGCCAUUUAAAUGCAAAGAGUGUGGAAAGAGCUUCAGUCAGAGUGGUAGCCUUACACUACAUGAAAGAACACACACAGGGGAGAAACCAUUUAAAUGCAGUGAGUGCGGAAAGAGCUUCAGUGUAAGCAGUCACCUUACUUUACAUCACCGAACACACACAGGGGAGAAACCAUUUAAAUGCAUGGAGUGUGGACAGGGCUUUAGUCACAGAAGUAAGCUUACUUCACAUCAAAGAACCCACACAGGGGAGAAGCCAUUUAAAUGUAAGGAGUGUGGAAAGAGUUUCAGUCAGAGCGGUCACCAUACUUUGCAUCAAAGAACCCACACAGGGGAGAAACCGUUCAAAUGCAGGGAGUGUGGAAAAAGCUUCAGUGUAAGCAGUAGACUUGUUUUACAUCACAGAACACACACGGGAGAAACCAUUUAAAUGUAGUGAGUGGAAAGAGGUUCAGUCAGAGCACACUUCACAUAUAAAAACACUAUGGAGUAACUUUUUUAAUGCACGGAGUAUGGAAAGAGAUUCAAUGAAAGCAGUAGGCUUACAUCACAGGGGAUACACAGGAGAAACAAUUGAAAUGUAGGGAGUAUGGAAAGAACUUUAAUGGGAGCUUUAUUCUUCAUCUUGCAGGCUACAUAGAUUAAAGCCCUAUACAGGUUGGGGCCAGGAUGCUUAAAAAAUUAUCUCACCUGUUAUAUAUGCAGCCCAUCACUGAAAUCUGCAUAGGAUGGCUUGAAAGCACAUAACAACAACAACAAAGUCCUGCCCUCUGUGAACAGAACAAAGUUAUGUGGACGAAACAGGCUCAGUCUGACACUUGUGAACAUGCAUCCACUGGGCAUGAAGCUCAUCUUGAAAUGCCUGUUGGGGGUGGCACUGGAGAACCUAGUAAAGUUAGGAACAGCGGAUGCAAUUCACUGUGUCACAGGCCACCUGUAUUUAUAGAAAUUGGCCAUCUCCAAUUCUUUAUAAUUGAUUUAUAUAAAAUUAUGUGGGGAAAAGUGGUGCAAACAAUACAAGCCAAAAUGAGAGUAAAAAGACAAGCUGCCACUUAAAGAAUCUUUUUUUCCUAUGAGUUUUGUUUACAGUAGUUCCAAAAUAAAAUGUUUCCCAUAGUAUGAACAUUUUAUAAGGAGUCUGAGCGUUCAGCCCAUGAUCAUGUCUAUAUAUGGCUGAAGCUGUAAAGGGGUGAGUCAGGAGAACUUAUUAGAAUACAACAUCAGCAUCAAGAUGUAGGGUUAGGAUGAGAGUUCAAAUGAUGGAGUAUAGUUGUAAUAUGAACAUGAACUGACAAAGUCUAGAUAGAUACAAACUAGAGCUAUAAAAGUCAGACAGCCUUAGGGAUUUUUACCAGUUGUCUGUGACACUGGUCGAAGAAAGAACCACCUGCUCUGAGUGUUAAGCUCUAUACACAACAAAGGUGAGACCACUCCUUUUCAGAUGGAAAUGCAAUGUGACCUAUGCUGUCCUUUGAAAUGUAACACAUUAGUGUACAUCCCCGUUGUAUGCGCUGUGUAAGAUCUAUGUUCUGAUAUAUGGUUAUGUCCACAAUGUAUAGUAAAUUAGAUGUAUUAAUAAUAAAUAGACACUGAUAAACAUUUCCUUUGUAACUAUGGAAUAUUCUUCCUGAUGAGAUACGCCUGGCGCCAACAUUAUUAUCCUUUCCGCAUCAGAUAAAAAUCUUCCUCUUCUCCCAGGCAUUUUCAGCAUUUAAUAUGCAUUUUAGUAUGUGUUUA